AUGGAUGAGGCACUCAAGCCAGACAGCCAAGCUCUCGGACUCAACUUGUCCAGCCCUCAGCAUCCCGCCUGGAACUUGAACCUUUCUUUCCCCUCCCGCUCGGCUUUUCCCGGCCAGCCUGCGCAGACCAUCGGGGCGGGCGCAAUCAUGCUGCUGGCGCUGGUGGGCAACUGCCUGCUGUUGUACCGGCUCCGCUGCGGAGGGUGCUGCUGCGGAGGUCGGUUCAGGAGGCGGCGAAAGAUGGAUUUCCUCUUGGCGCACUUGGCUAUCGCCGAUCUGUACGGUUGCGGGCUGGCGCUGCUCUCUCAGCUGCCUCCAGCAGAGGACGGCGAUGCUGCAGAGCCGGGGGGCGCGGGGUGGCCAGCCGGAGACGCCACCUGCCGCUUGUUCCGGUUCCUGCAAGGCUCUGGGCUGCUGGCGCCGUCGCACAUGCUUGUUCUUAUCGCGCUCGAGCGACACCGCUUGGUGAGGGGCCCUCCGGCCCCGCGGGAAUUGCUGCCGCCUUUCAUGCUCGCCCGGAGCGCUCUGGCAGCGCUGGGCUGGCUCUUGGCGUUGCUGCUCGCCCUGCCUCAAGUCUUCGUUUAUAGGCUGGCCCCAUCGCAGCCCGGAGGCCGCUGCCUCAGCAUCUUCCCGCAGCUGCCCCGAUGGCACGGACAGGUCUACGCCGUGUAUGAGGCCAUCACGGGCUUCGUAGCUCCUGCCUGCCUCUUGGGCGGGACGUGCAGCCGCAUCCUGGCGGCCCUCAGCGCCUCCCGAGCCAAGGAGGAGGGGCCGUCACAGAGGGGGCCCGGCGGCAGCGCUCGCCACUGUCGCGUUGAGCUGCCUGGCUUACCCGGCCCCACCCCGCCACUUCUCCUGCGGCUUCUGCCGAUCGCCAAGUGCGCUUCCCGCUCGCCGUCUGCCCCCCGAAGUCUGCCCCGCGCACGAGCCAGGGCACUGCAGCUGACUUUGGCGCUCGCCGCGCUGUUUGCGCUGUGUGGUUUCCCGCGUUUUAUUUUGGGGCUGGGCUUAGCUUUUGCCUCUCCCGAGGGCACUGCCCACGAAGCCCGGACGACCCUGAGCAGCAUGAUGGCAGCCACCAACAGCGCUCUUAAUCCCUACGUUUGCCUCUUAUUUCAUAGCUACCGGCCCUGGGCGCGGCGCCUCCAGCGCAGCCUCUGCCGGUGCCCGGAUGGACAACCGAGACGGCGGGCUCGCCACCGACAGCGUCUGUCGCCACAGGCGGCCGCGGAUCGUGCUGAACUUUGGCUCUGCCCCUGCCAAACUAAGGCGCGUGCCAUCGCAACAGCCAUCCAGCAAGAGAAGGAGGAGACCCAGACUGUUUGUGAGAGCAGAUUCUAAUACCAAGGGCCGGGUUUGAAGGACUGCAUUUGCCCUUACAGUCUGCCGAGAUCAGAAGGAUGAAGGAAGGAGAAGAGACCUCUUGACAAUUAGGAUGGCAUUAAGUCUGCUUGGGCUUUCAACACUACGUGCUCCAUCGAUUUAGAAUAAAAUAAAAGAUGCCAGGGCACUUGCCUGCCUGCAGGUCAUACUCUCUCGCCUUCAAAGGCUUUACACUGAAAGACUGAGAAGGAAAAAGGCACUCUGCACUUGCUUAAGAGCCCACUUCCAGAGCUUGAUCCAGUUGUAGGAAUUGUGCCCAAGAGCUGGAUCUCAGCAUAUCUUGCUCAAUUUAAGCCCAUAUAAAACUACAUUCCCAUUAUAAAUGAAUUCUAUUUUUACUGUUUUAGG